AUCAAAGCAACCAUAAAUAUAUAGAUCGAAACAUAAACAUCACGAUGAUCGAUUUUUGGUAAAGGUGAUGACUGCCUUUGAUGUUCAAUCCGUGCUUCAUUGAACAGCAAACUCUAGUAUCCUUUAAUCUCACACACCGCCAAUGUUGCCCCAACCGUUCCUUUUACGUUUACCUGAUUCAUCGAUAUGUCGACAAUUUCAACCGUGGAAAAAAAUUAGGCGCGAAAUGUAACGGUCGGAAAGAACGGUUUGCGCAUGUUCGGAGCUACUGAGCAGGCGACAUUCGAGCGGUGUGCAGCAAUCAAUGAUCACUCGACCCCUUCAAUAGAGCCAUUUGAUGUCCACAGUGUCUCAAGGUGGGUUGAAAAUAUCAGAGAGGGAGACCCCAAACAUGUCAGCAGAUGCAUCCUCCACUGCCCGUUCCGCCACUUGGCGUGAACGAGAAAUAUUAGAUCUUUUGGACUUGUGGGGCGAGGAUAAGGUUCAGGAGGCCUUGCGCAGGUCGCAUAGAAAUAUUGACUGCUAUCAUAAGAUUGCCUCACAAAUGGCUGUACGUGGACACAACAGAUCCGCUCAGGAGUGCCGCAACAAAACCAAGAGCAUGCGCUUGGAGUAUAAAAGGGUCGUGGCUCAUAAUGGCACAUCGGGUAAUUCCCCAACAACAUGCGCUUACUACAGGGAGUUGCACAGCAUCCUGCGUGGGGACGCAAGCGUUAAGCCAAAGCGCAUAGCUCGAAGCUUGAACAUUGCGGUUAAGGAGCUUCCAAGUCGCCCAGAGUUGAUCCCAUCAGACGGUUCAGAAGAACUCUUCUCUCAUGACCUUGUAACCGUGGACUACGAUCACAUACGAAGCUCCACACCUGCUCCAAGAGUUCAAUCCUCCGUGUCCACAGAAGAGGGAACCGACUGUGACCUGGACAGCACAGUUGAUGGACUGGCAGACAAAGAAAACAUGGCGCCUUGCAACGAUGCACAGGAAGAUUGGAUUGGUGUGCGGGGGUCCCCUACCUCGCCCAAGGAAUCAACAAUUGAACGCGCAGGAUCUCCAGCAUUAGAACCAGCAGAGCUCUCACCAGGAACACGUCUUUCAAAAAUCAGAAACAGAAAAAGAAAAAAUGCCGCUCUUUAUGGUGUGGCGGACCAAAUGCUCAGCCAAAACAGGACUUUGCACCGAGAGCAGCUUAAGGAAUGGAGAGCAGAAAGACAGGAAAAUAUGAGGUGGUUGGAGGAGGAUAAGCGGGUACAAAUGGAUUUUCUGGAGGAAGCAAGGAGGGAAAGGAAUGAUUUGAGGGAGGCAUGGAGGGAAAACCUUGAUAUAAUGAGGGCUGCAGUCGGCACACUGCAAACGCUUGGGGAAUUGAUGGUUCAGCAAAAGCAGACGGUCAAUCCCUCUGACAUGGCACUCAGAAUUCCUGAAUCACAGCCAUCAAUUGUCAGAGCAGCCGGUGCUAAGCGUUCCUGUGUGGGAAAGGCCCGGGAGAGGUUGACGUUGUAG